GGUUUAUUACUUCUUCUUCCACGUACCCUCAGCAUCUCCAGAAUCCUUACAUUGAUGAUCACAUCACUUCAAAUUAAACAAUAAUGGAAUGGGGAAAAUGUUGCUUGGUCUGUAUCACCUGUCUUUCUCUGUGCAUCACCUACCUGGCGUUUGCAGCAUCCAUAAUCGCCAGUUUCAUCGAGUUAUUCAAAUCCCAAGAAAACUGCGAACAGUUCCUCCAACUAUGGCCCAAAAUCCUUUGGCUGCCGUUCGUGCUCAUGGUGAUCUCAACCCUCAUCAGGUUCAAGUUCAAUAAAUGCGGAAACAAAGCGACAACCUGCUGUGCCCAAUGGUUCGAAAUCGCCCUCGCCGUUUUCCUCCUCAUCUACUUCUUCAAGUCACUGUCCGCCACCAUAGACGGCGGCGGCGUGGCUUUGCCUGGCAAAGCUUACAAGGAGUUCCAUUUGGUGGAUUACUCCACAGGCUUGCAGGCGAAGGUGAACGAUACGCGGAUGUGGAGGCAUGUCGCCAAGUGCUUGCGCCAGCGCCGUGUUUGCAAUCGAUUGUCUCGCACUUGGGUUAAUGUCAGCCUCGCAGAAUUUCAUUCCAAGCCUUUGUCAUCCAUAGAGUCGGGUUGUUGCAAGCCACCAAGCGACUGCAAUUUCUCCUAUGUGAAGCCAACCGAAUGGAGGAAGAUAGCCAACUCCUCAAGAUACAGUAGUAGCAACUCGGACUGCGAAGAAUGGAGCAACGACCCCAAAGCCCUGUGCUUUAACUGCGACUCAUGCAAGGCUGGAGUAGCCGACAAGUUCAAGCAUAACUGGUUUGAAGGAAUGCUCACUGGAAUGCUCUGCAAAUGGACGUUUCUGCCAUUUUUACAUUGGAUUAGAGCUUGUUAAUUGAUUGCCUUAUUUUGUGGAUGGCUAGCUGGGAAGUUGGAAAAGUUAAUGGUGCUGUUUGGGUUACCUAAUUAAGCUUGUAUUCUUGUAAUUUAAGCUUUUGUGGCUUAACGUGGACUCUAAAAGUUUAAACUAAUGAAUGUUUAUGAGAAGUAAUUCUGUUGUAAACAGUUUGUUGAAUAUUUGAUAUAAUAAUAUAUAAGGGAUGUUUUAAUAAA